GAUAUUUUGUUACAUGAGUAUAUCAUAGUUAUCUUGUAAUAUCUUUGUUUAUGUAUAUGCAAUAUUAUCGCGUUUUCUUAGACAUUAGUUCUGGCGAAGUCACUGUGAGAGAACAUUCCUUACUGUUAAAAGAACCGAAAUACUUACAAAUCGACCAAUUAAAUAUUAGAAUCUCAAAACUCCCACAGUAGUUUCCACUUUGAUUUUCUGCAAAACGCCGUUUCAUUUUAAUUGCUUUUGUUGGUUAGGCUGUUGACUAUGAAGCACUUGAGGAAUCUACAUUAGUCUUAUCAGAAUCGUGUGUUCUUUUCUUCUAUGUAGUUUUCUAAGACUCUGCACAUUAUCUUUUUCUUUCUUUUCGUCUUUCACUCUCGUGGCGACAUGUCGUUUUGUCAAAAGAAACUUGGUUCCUUGUGCUUAAAGCCUCAAGCAAUAACUGGUGCAUUUUUGGCUUCGGUCAUGACUUCACGACUUUGUGUUACUUACGUUGGUGGAUUUCGUUAUAAGUUAUAACUAGUCGGUUUCGUUAUCGUGAAGCUUCCAUUUUGCUCAUUAAUUACUUACCGCAUUGAACAAGUUUUUAUUAAUUAGAAGUUGCUAGGAAAAUGGAAACUGCAACCUCGAGGACGAUACACUCGUCUCAUUUUAUAUAGCAUUUGGAAGAAUUGUUGGUUUUGUGUUCAUUGCUUCAUUUUUAAUCGUCUUCGUGUUUUUCGGUUUUCUGAGAAGUGUUUGUGUUGAUGGGGGGUCAAAGUUCUAAGGAUUCAUCUCUAGUGUCUUCUUCUUCUUCUUCUUCUUCUUCUUGGAGUGCAUACUUGGAUCCGCUAUCGAGUUAUGGUUUUGAUGAACCACAACCAUCUUAUUCUUCUUAUGGCUAUGAAGCUUAUGGUGGUGAUGGAAUGGUACGUUAUGAUAGUGCAAAGCUAGAGAGGAGGUACUCAAGAAUUUCUGAUCAUUAUAGUUCCAUAGAUCAGGUUACUGAGGCUCUUGCACGCGCAGGCCUUGAGUCUUCUAAUCUUAUUGUUGGUGUUGAUUUCACCAAGAGUAAUGAGUGGACAGUGUUUGAUAUUUUAGGCAAGAAUUCGUUCAAUAGGCGAAGCUUGCAUCACAUUGGGAGUGGUCUGAAUCCUUAUGAGCAAGCAAUAUCAAUUAUUGGGAAAAGCUUGGCAGCAUUCGAUGAGGAUAACUUGAUCCCCUGCUUUGGAUUUGGAGAUGCAUCAACACACGAUCAAGAUGUCUUCAGUUUCUAUCCAAGUGAAAGAUUUUGCGAUGGAUUUGAAGACGUGUUGAGUCGGUAUAGGGAAAUUGUUCCUCAUCUUCGACUUGCAGGUCCUACUUCAUUUGCGCCAAUAAUUGAAAUGGCCAUGACCAUUGUUGAGCAGAGUGGAGGCCAGUACCAUGUUUUGGUGAUAAUCGCAGAUGGCCAGGUAACAAAAAAUGUUGACACCAAACAUGGAAAACUAAGUUCACAGGAACAGAAGACUGUGGAUGCCAUUGUUGCAGCUAGUAAAUUUCCUCUUUCGAUCAUAUUGGCUGGCGUUGGAGAUGGACCGUGGGACAUGAUGAAGGAAUUUGAUGACAAUAUCCCAGCAAGGGCCUUUGAUAAUUUUCAGUUUGUGAAUUUCACAGAGAUUAUGUCAAAGAACAUCCCUCCUUCACGAAAAGAGGCAUCAUUUGCACUUGCUGCAUUGAUGGAAAUUCCUUCUCAGUAUAAGGCAGCAAUAGAGCUUAAUCUACUGGGUACUCGGCAAGUGAAUGCUCUUCAAAGGCAUGCCCUCCCACCUCCCACAUAUAAUCCUCAUGCAGCAAGGUUUGAGCCAAGUAUUCCUCCUCAACAUGGCAACAGCCACCUAGUUGCCACAGCUCCUUCUGCCCCAAGUUCCACUUAUGACAAUCAACUUUGUCCCAUUUGUCUAAGCAAUGCGAAAGACAUGGCCUUCGGAUGUGGGCAUCAGACAUGUUGUGAAUGUGGACAAGAUCUUCAGUCAUGCCCCAUGUGCAGGAGCCCCAUUAAUGCAAGAAUUAGGCUUUACUAAUAGUAUGUGACUUUGGAAUUGUUAUUAUUUUUUUUCUUGUUUUCGUGUUGUGUCGGUCACAAUUCUUUGGGGUUUUUUAAUUGAUUCGUUAAAUUCAUCAAACAUUAGCAUUAGAUGUGGUUUGGUACAACUUGAUCAGAUGUAUGUUUAGAUAUGAAACGGGGAAUUCUCCAUCAAUUAUUGUAGAUAUAUUCAUUUGAUGAAUUA